GCCCCGGGCCGCGGCAGAGCUCCCUGCCACUGGCCCUGUCCUGCUUGCCGCCCCAGCGCCUGCGAAGCUUGGAUGCCCCCAGGUCCGGCCGCGCCAGCCAGAAACUUUGCCCCGCGAAGUCCCCCGCCUGCCUGACCUCACCGUGAGGCGCCACGUCGGCCGCGCGCCCUCCGGGGCCCCGGAACCCCGCGAGUCAUUGCCUGGCCGCCCCGUACCCCGCGCCCGCGGCGCCCGGUCGCCAGAAUGCGCUACGCGGACCCCUCGGCCAAUCGGGAUUUGUUGGGGAACCGAACUUUGCUCUUCAUCUUCAUCUGCGCCUUCGCCUUGGUGACCUUGCUGCAACAGAUCCUGUAUGGCAGGAACUACAUUAAGAGAGGCCUCCAGUUUGGUUGGCAGAGUGGUGACCAGCUGUCCAAUUGGACGGGGCUCUUUAAUGUCACGGAUGAUCCAGCAGUGCAGAGCGGCAGUGACUCCAGCUCCAGGUACUUUGAAUUUUACGAGGGGCCUUUUGAAUAUAACUCCACAAGAUGCCUGGAGCUGAGGCACGAAAUAUUGGAAGUGAAGGUGCUGUCCAUGGUGAAGCAGUCAGAGCUGUUCGACAGGUGGAAGAGCCUCCAGAUGUGCAAAUGGGCGAUGAACAUCUCUGAGGCCAACCAGUUCAAGUCCACUCUGUCCAGGUGCUGCAACGCCCCUGCCUUUCUCUUCACCACCCAGAAGAACACUCCCCUGGGGACAAAGCUCAAGUAUGAGGUGGACACCAGCGGCAUCUAUCACAUCAACCAGGAGAUUUUCCGCAUGUUUCCCAAGGACAUGCCCUACUACCGAUCCCAGUUUAAGAAGUGUGCUGUGGUGGGCAACGGAGGCAUCCUGAAGAACAGCCGCUGCGGGAGGGAGAUCAACAGCGCCGACUUCGUCUUCCGGUGCAACCUGCCCCCCAUCUCAGAGAAGUAUACCAUGGACGUGGGGGUGAAGACGGAUGUGGUCACUGUGAACCCCAGCAUCAUCACAGAGAGGUUCCACAAGCUGGAGAAGUGGCGGCGGCCGUUCUACCGCGUGCUGCAGGUGUACGAGAACGCGUCGGUGCUGCUGCCCGCCUUCUACAACACACGCAACACCGACGUGUCCAUCCGCGUCAAGUACGUGCUGGACGACUUCGAGUCGCCGCAGGCUGUCUACUACUUCCACCCACAGUACCUGGUCAACGUGUCGCGCUACUGGCUCAGCCUGGGCGUGCGCGCCAAGCGCAUCAGCACUGGCCUCAUUCUGGCCACUGCGGCGCUGGAGCUCUGUGAGGAGGUGCACCUCUUCGGCUUCUGGGCCUUCCCCAUGAACCCCUCGGGCCUCUACAUCACUCACCACUACUAUGACAACGUCAAGCCGCGUCCCGGCUUCCACGCCAUGCCCUCCGAGAUCUUCAACUUCCUGCACUUGCACAGCCGAGGCAUCCUCCGCGUGCACACGGGCACCUGCAGCUGCUGCUGAUGGCGGCUCACCAGGCUGCCCGGCAAGUGGCGCAUUCUCUCCUGCUGUCCCUACCGGUUGAACUGGGAGUCCUGAACCGGGCAGCGUGGGGACCUGGCGUUCAGACUGUCUCUCCCUCCGUAGUUCAGUUCUGUGCUUGGAUACUGGGGUGGGGAGGCAGGUUUGGGAACCGGGGCAGAAUCAGUUCUGUGCUGAGCCUCCUGGCCUGGCCCCCACCGGUGCAUCCGCCCAGUGCCUCCACCUGCCCCGGCUAGCAUGCUGCUGGACCACACCCCAAGAUCAGGGGCCCUGGGGACUGCAAGUGAAUAAAGCACAUUUCCACCCAAUUUUGUCAUCCGAGAGAGAGCACAAACUGCAGACCCUUGUUGCAGCUAAAGGAAGGCCCUACAGAGAAUGGAAUCGAGGGCAGAGACAGGACACUUCACAGGACGCUUGAGCACAGUCAAGAUUUUAUUCACACUUUUGGUUCCUGAGUUUUAUAUCGAGGACUCAGCUAUGAAUUGCUAUCUAAAUCUCAGAGCUUAGAGGCCAACCCAGUGACUAGACCUUCCAGUGAAGAAAGUGAUCUCAAGAGGUCCAGGGACUUAACAGCCAAGCCACACCACCCGACACGUUCUUCCAUGACACACAGAGAGAUCUAACGCAAGGCCUGGGUUAUGUCUUGAUUGAGACAUCACCUGAGAAGCACCACAUCCUUUCAGACACAUCCUCGGACACACACGCAGUCUUGGUGCCCCCAGGUUCAAUCCUACGUUAGUUCUUUUGAUGAGAAGGGAAUAAACCAAACCAGCCACUUGCACUAUGGCUUCUAAGCCAAUGUUAUUGACUCAAUAAGUGCUUAGCGAUUGACUUCCUCUUCUGUCUCCCUAUUUUCAGCUCCAUUUAAACCAGGAGUUAUUUAUAAAGACCUCUUCCUCUCAUGU